AUGUUGGAUGAUUUAGUUAAACGUAAAGAGACAGAGACGAUGUCCCGUAUUGCAGCAUCUAAAGAAAAAGAUAUUUCUGCGCCUUCAUCAAAAGUGCAGGCAAUAUGUAAAAUGGCACGAUUUGAUGAUGAUAUUCUGAGACCUGCUAUUCCUGUACGUGUAGUUCUCUUUGGUAAUACUAUAUGUGUAUAUCAAUUUGAUGCUAGUCAUAGAUCACCAAAUAAAGAAGAAAAGAAUAAUAAAGAGAAGAAAAAGAAUCAUAGCCGUAGUGGUUCAGAUGAUAGUAGUAAUGAAGAGGACACCGAAGAUAGUGAUGAUGCGACCACUAUUAUCACAGCAGAGAAGUUAAUUGGUAAAAUUAAUUGUAAAACUGUUAUGAGUACAUCUGAAAAGUUAUCUAAAUAUCACCGUCAUACAGAUCCAACCAAACGACAUGCCCCAGUUCGUGGAAAAUGUCUUGUGCUGCGAUGUAAAGAUGAUCUUCCACUUUUUAUGGAAGAUCCAGUUUUGCAAAUGGCACGUCAGCAAGCACGACAACAAGAGGAACAAGAGGAAGAAGAAAAACAACAACAACAACAAGAACGAGAACGUCAUCAUAAGGGUCAUCAUAGUUAUCAUAAUCGUCAGAAACAUGAACACCAGAGAGAUAAUCCUUUUUUGGAUGCCACUUUUUCUGUUGUGUCUUCUCUUGUAAGUUAUCGUAGACAUGAGGGAAAUUCUGCGAAUGAGGAUGGAUAUGAUGAUUGUCUUAGUUCUUGGACAGCAGUUGUAUUUAAAUUUCCAACUCGUCGUGAAUUAGAGCGUUGGUUUAAUUUAUUAGAAGCUACUCCCCAAUCAGAUGAGUGGCGAGGAUUUAUUAAACGUCUUCCACAAUUAGAUGUGUUUAAUGUUGUGGUGGCACGACUUUUCUUUGAAAAUACACGUACGAGUGAACUUCGAGAUCUCUUAAUUGGUAAAUUACGCCGAAAACUUCAUAAAGUUUCACGACGACUCCCUAAACAUAUGCAAGGUGAAAUCUUACUUGAUCGUUUAGAACUUGGUGGUGAAAUUCCUCUUAUUAGUAAUGUGAGUGAUCCAACAGUGGCGACGAGUGGAGAACUUGAAUUGGAUUUUGAUUUACUUUACCGUGGAGGACUUACACUUACUUUACGUUUCUCUAUUACUUACCGCAGUGUACGUGUACCUGAUAUUCUCUUUAAUAUUAAGAUGCUUGAAUUGGCAAAUCGUAUGCGAUUAAGUGUUGGACCACCACCAUCUAAUAAAUUAUGGAUUGGCAGUUCACGUACACCGCAGCUUCGAUUGGAAUUUACACAAGAAGUUGCUUCUCAUGAUGGACUUUUACAUGCUGUAUUAAAUCUUAUUCCAGAUAUGAGUAAAGUAAUGACAAAUAUAGUGAAAGUGAAAUUAUUUGAAGAUAUGAUAUUACCAUCUAUGGAUGAUUUUCCACUACCGUGUCUCAGUUACUCCCCACCCUCAUCCGAGCCGGACUCUCCAACGGUGGAUGAUACAAGAAGUACAAGUAUGAUAACAUCAACUCUCUUGGAAUCUAAUAAAGGAGAAGAGGAAAAAGUAAAUCCACCGCCUAAUAAUAGUAAGAUUUAUGAAACUACUGAACAGGUAACGGAACAAAGUGUCACUACUGUUAAACAAAACAUCAAUACAACAGAAGAAGUGAAAACUAUUUUAAAAACUGUAAACUCUACAGAAACUUUAGAAACAGUACCAUCCUUUUCCUCAUCUACUCCUAAAGAACAAUCCCUCUCAUUUGAAAUGGAUGAGGAUGAGACUACAAGUGUGGUAUCAUCAAGAAUAUCUUCUAAUAUGGUGCCUGGUUCAUCUGUGAGUGAGCCUUGGCGUCGGACAGCUACUUCUCGUGCGAAGAAGUUCGUGAAAUGGAUAAAGAUUGAAACUAAAAGUUUAUCUAAAAAAGGAAAAGAAGAGUGA